UCCUCUAUUUCGAUAUUUCAACUCCUUCUUCUCUCUCUCUUUUCCUUCGUCAUUAUCUCUCUUCUGUAACUUCUCUUUCUCUCUCUUUCGCAGCUUCUCUUCUGUAUCUGAUUCCCUUUUUCUACGGGAGCUGCAGAUUUGAUUAGUGUAAGCAUCGAUGAAGAAGGUUACGUCGUCUAAGAUUCCGGUCAAGGAUGAUUGGGUGGCGGUGGCUAUGACUGACGACGAUUUGGUGGUUGAGCUUCUUUUACGGCUCAAGCAUGCCGGAACGGUAGUGUCGGAUAAUCCGGCGCUGAAUCUGCCUCCGCUACGGUGGGGAAUCCGUCAACGACGGUCUCGGUCCUCAAGAUUUGGCGGCGGCGGCGGCGGAGGCGUUCUCGUUUCGUUGAAGAAAGAUGUGGAUUCCGUUAGAGCCAGUCCGAAGACUCCGCUCUCCUGGAGCGGCGGAUCUGGAAGUGGUGGCGGCUCUGCAUCUCCUUCCGCCGUAACCGCCGAUGGAUUCGAAGAUACCAGUCGUCAAGCUAGCUGCUCUACAUCUACAGGAUCCGGAUCUAAGGUUUUUCCCACAAACGAAAUCACCAGUUCUUUCUCCAAGAGAUUGAAGAAAAGGAAGUCAUCUUCUGAGCUUAAAAAUGAAGAGAACUUGAAGUUGAAAGAGAGACUUGACCUUGAAAAGGAGAUUGCAAGUCUCCGAGCAACAUUCGAUGAACAAAACCUUAGGAACCAAAAGUUGAAGAGGAUUAAGCUUGACUUAAACUCUGGUCGUGUCAUGAACAAGAAACCGGUUGAUCUGAUUCGUAAAUCACAACUCGAGCGGCUACAGGAAUCAAAAUCUUGCAAAACGGGUGACUCGCAAAAUCAGGGGAGUUUCUUCUGCCUCCCUGAUCUCAACAUGGCACCAUCCGAGGACGAGAUAUUGACAACAAUGUCGUUUAACAGCUCCCACCUCCUUCCUCCACAAGAAGACCUUCCUCUCCGACACUUCGCCGAUCAAUCACAGCAACCGCCGUCGCAGCGUCACUUCUCUGAAACACCUUCGCUUGUCACCGCCAGUUUCCUCAACCUCCCUACCACCCUAACCACUGCGGAUUCCGAUCUCGCUCCUCCGCACCGCAACGGAGACAAUUCCGUCGCUGAUACAAACCCACGGUGGCUCUCCUUUCAUACGGAGAUGCAAAAUACUGGAGAAGUUCGUUCUGAAGUUAUCGAUGGAGUCAACGCCGAUGGUGAAACGAUACUCGGUGUUGUUGGAGGUGAAGAUUGGCGGAGCGCUAGCUAUAAGGCGGCGAUUUUGAGACAUCCGAUGUAUGAGCAGCUUCUUGCGGCUCACGUGGCUUGCCUUAGGGUUGCGACUCCCGUUGACCAGAUUCCGAGGAUCGAUGCUCAGCUCAGUCAGUUGCAUACCGUCGCCGCGAAAUACUCCACUCUUGGUGUGGUUGUGGAUAAUAAGGAACUUGAUCAUUUCAUGUCACAUUAUGUUGUCUUGUUAUGUUCGUUUAAAGAACAACUCCAACACCACGUUUGUGUCCAUGCAAUGGAAGCCAUUACGGCUUGUUGGGAGAUCGAGCAAUCACUGCAAUCCCUAACUGGAGUUUCUCCAAGUGAAAGUAAUGGUAAGACAAUGUCAGAAGAUGAAGAUGAUAAUCAAGUAGAGAGCGAGGUUAACAUGUUUGAUGGAAGUUUGGACGGUUCAGAUUGCUUGAUGGGGUUUGGUCCUCUUGUUCCAACUGAGAGAGAGAGAUCUUUGAUGGAACGUGUGAAGAAAGAACUGAAGCAUGAGCUUAAACAGGGUUUCAAAGAGAAGAUUGUGGACAUAAGAGAAGAGAUAAUGAGGAAGAGAAGGGCGGGAAAGUUGCCGGGAGAUACGACUUCUGUACUCAAAGAGUGGUGGCGAACUCACUCGAAAUGGCCAUACCCAACUGAGGAAGAUAAGGCAAAACUGGUUCAAGAAACCGGUUUGCAGUUGAAACAGAUCAACAAUUGGUUCAUCAACCAGAGGAAAAGAAACUGGAACAGCAACUCUUCGACGUCAUCUACUCUCACCAAGAACAAACGUAAACGGACCGGGAAAUCGUAGGUGACAUAGCGGCUAACUAGAGGAUGGUUCUUUGCCAUGUGAAUUCAAGGGAACCGUAUAUGAAAGAAACCCAUCAGGUUGUAUGCUCGUACAGAGUUUGAUUUGUAUAGGUGAUACCGGUUAGCCUAUAAAACCGGAUCCUGGAGUCCGAAUUGUUGUUUGUAUCGCCCCGCGUAAUAGUAGUUUUUGGAAGUGAUCUGUUUUGUUGUGGUUUGCGUCUUGUAACGAACGCUUAAUCAAGUGUGGGCUUUUUC